AAAUUACAAUAAGGUGUUCUCCCACUUCCAUAGGUCAGCAGUCUCUAAAAGUGCUGAGAGAUGCGUACUGUGAAAGUGACCCAGGAUGUGCCUGCCAACGCUCUCGCCCUCUCUCCAGAUGAUACACAAGUGGUCAUCGCAGGAAGGCAUGUGUUCAAGAUCUUUGCCCUUGAGGAAGAUGGCCUGAUUGAGCGGGCCAAUCUGAGAGCUGGGAAGCAUCUGAAUCUCAACUUCUCAUGCAAUGAUGUUGUAUGGAACCCUGUAGAAGACACAGUGUUGGCAACAGCCUCUACAAAUGGGGCAGUGGUCACAUGGAACCUCAACAAGGCCUCCCGCUCCAAACUGGACUGUGUCUUUAACGACCAUAGCCGCACUGUACAAAAGGUUAGCUUCCACCCCUCUGAGGCUCAUUUGCUGAUCUCAGGUUCCCUUGAUGGGUUCAUGAAACUCUUUGACCUACGACGCCGAGAAGCCACACAGACCUACACCAGCAAUGCAGAGAGUGUGAGGGACUUGCAGUUCAACCCACACAAUCCCAUCCACUUUUGUGCUGUUUCUGAAAGUGGCAAUGUGCAGCUGUGGGACAUGCGCCGGCCAGACCGUGUGGAGAAACAGUUCACAGCCCAUGGUGGACCCAUCUUUGCUCUGGACUGGCACCCAGAAGUAAAAACCUGGAUUGCUACAGCUGGACGAGACAAAACUAUCAAGGUGUGGGACCUAAAUGAGAACCCAACUGUUUGCAAUACCAUACAAACUAUUGCGUCUGUGGGCCGGGUCAAGUGGAGGCCCAACACUAAAUACCACAUUGCCAGCUCAGCUUUGUUGUGGGACUGCAGCAUCAAUGUAUGGGAUAUCUGCCGUCCCUACAUCCCAUUGGCUGCCUUCAAUGAGCACAAGAACCUCACCACAGGCAUCUGCUGGCGCUCAGACCCCAAUAGCCUCCUCUCUGUAGGCAAGGACUGCACAUUGAUCCACCAUGCCUUCCAAGAUGCCUCCCGCCCCAUGGAAGAGGUCAACCCUGCUGCCCUCGACGUCAGCGUCUUCGGCAACGUUUCCAAUGCUGUUCGUAGCAAGGAUGACUCAGAGCCCAUGGGAAGUCUGGCCAAACUGAUGCCUAUCUUCAGGUCUGUUUGUGGCUGUUCCCAGCGGUAUGCCCGUACAAACUUUAUACCCGUCACCCCUUUGGCACUGUUGCAGUCUCCGCCAUGUUUGUUUACUCCUCAAAGCAGUAGCCUCGAGUCUCUAAGUAGGACCAGUUCUGGCAGGUCCCAGAAACCAUACACCCAGUCAGAGCACAAUGGGCAGGUAUUGUCUUCACUCCAGCUACUGAGUCCCUCUGAGGAUGGGCUGAUCUCUUCCCACCAUAUUGUCCACUCUGCCCGCCAAUACCUCCUGACGGGUCGUUCCCUCGCUGAAAUAUGUGAACACAAUGCAGCUGUGGCCAAGCAGCUCAGCAGGCACCAGGUGGCACUGACAUGGCAAAUGAUGCAGAUGCUGUAUGUAGGUGCCACUGGAGGAAGUGACCCCACCAACCCCACCAGAGAUGACCCUGCCCUGCCCCCUGACACCAGUCAAGACACAGAGACUAGAACUGCACGGCACUUUUCUGGUGGUGAUGGGGGUGGUGACACAUCAGGAGGGGGAGGGUUUAGUGCUGAGGAAGUUGACACGGAGACGGAUGACACGGACAACCAUGACAUGAAGCUAACCAACAUUGCAAGUGGCCAGACAAUCAAUCAAGACUUCUUCUUUGGGGACGGUGAGAUCAGCCAGAUCCCUUUUGACUAUGAGCAUCUUAACAACACAGACACAAGCCAGGACUGGACGCUACCUAACGAGGCCUUUGAGCCUCGUCAUGACAUCCUCACCCGCUCUGCCAUGCCUCCAGAGGAGUUCUCUUCCAAAUGUUUGUCAGGAGAGGUGCAGGAAAGUGGUGGAAGAGAGAGUGGAAGAGGUAAUGGGGUGUCAGGCUACGUAAUAGAGGUUCCAUCCCUGCUGAACGAGGUAAGGGCAGUAAGGACGCCAGCGUGGGACUGUGGUCGGCUCGUGGUGGAGAUGCUGUACCAUUAUGCCAGCCAGGGAGAUGUGCAAAUGGCUGUCACCUGCAUCAUUGUACUUGGGGACAGGCUCAAGCAGGAACUUCUUGAUGCUGACCAUGUGGAGCACUGGUUCCUCUCCUACAUUGACCUGCUGCAGCGAUUCCAACUCUGGAAUGUUGCUAACCAAGUGAUUCAGCUAGCUGCUGGAUUGCCAUCAGUCCAGCAGCUCAACCAACAGUCUACUGUGGUUGCAUUGCAGUGUGGCCGCUGUAAUCAAACUUUAAGGAAAAACAGUCUGCUCUGCCGUAAGUGUGGACGUGUGUCAGCCCGAUGUGCCCUGUGUCACGGUCUGGUGCGUGGUCUGUUUGUGUGGUGCCAAGGCUGCUCUCAUGGUGGCCACCUUCACCACAUCAAAGAGUGGAUGGCAACCAACCGGGCAUGUCCAGCUGGCUGUGGCCACCUCUGUGAAUACACUUAGUGGGGCACCAACCAUCAAAAUAUGAGCCUAUGAGGGGGAGCAACCAGAAAAAAACACCACAUAUAAAAGAUGAAGAAAAAAAAUAGUUCAAUGUUCAGGAUGCCAUAUCUUUUAAACCAACAAAGAUAUCUUGGUGCUUUAUAUUGUGUGUUUGUUUUCUUAGAGCAGCAGUUUAUGUCACAGUAUUACUUUGGAUACAGGAAAUCAAUGGUAUAUGAAAAACAAACUUUCACUUGCAUGAUUAUAACAUUUAACACAUUGCCUGCAAAUGAGCAUUGGUACAAGCUUACCAUAAGUUGUACUGAGCUGAAAAUGGGAACUUUCUGAGCUUCUGUUAUGAGGGGUAGCACUUGCUAGUUCAUUAUCUCUAGGAAGAGUGCAGUAUUUGUACAGUGCUGGCCUCUCUAUUUCAGCAGCCUUGGAAGUCCUAUAUUAAUGUACAGUUGUAAAAUGCACAUCUUAGGUACAGAAAGUUAAAAUCGAAAACCUUGGCAUACUAAUUUUCUUAAUUCAUUCUUUAAGUUCCUGCAUGCCAGAAAGUAUUAUACACAUCCUGGGUUAACGGUAGAAUAUUCCAGGAUGUAUUAUGUAUAUCCUGGGUUGGUGAUAUAAUAUUCCAGGAUGUACUAUGUACAUCCUGCUGACUAGCCCUGGCCCUUUUGUGAUGCUAGUAUGAUGGACCUAAAGUCAUGACAUAGGAAGGUCAGUUGGUCUAUAUCAUGAACAGGGAUUUUUACUCUUUAUGCUGAAAGUUUUUCUCAUUGAACUGAGGCUUUGGAUAAUUCAAUAGCUAUGUGUUAUACCUAACUCUGGAUGUGGUUGUGCCUAUCCAGUUGUUCCACCAAUAUAUGUUUAAUCCACACAUGCAUCAUUGGUUCCAGGCCUCAUCCAGCCCUCUUAUGAUCUUUUUAUGGUGCACUGAAAGUGAAUGCACUAUGAUCACGUUUCAUGACUCAGGUAGAAAUGUGGUUGUUAUGCAAGUGUAUACUUAAAUUUGACAUCAAUAUAUUAUAGAAGGAAGAACACAUAAACUUCAUAAGUUUUGAUAUAUACCUCUAGACCACUAAGAGAUUGCAGUAUUGACCUGUCCUUGCCUCACCCCUGGCCACUUGAAAAUACAAGUGUAAGCUUAUGUAUCUUUUAUAUUAUUGUUGAUAUUAUUUUCUGUGGCUGGAUCUGUUGUAAAAAUCUGUUACAAUAAAAUAUGAAAAGUAAUGUAGUAACUCAGUGAAACAAGGACUGUAGAGUAGGCCCUGUUUAAAUACUGGUGCUGCAGAUCAACUAAUCUCAGCCACUAGGGGCCACUUUCACAGUCGUUUUGUUUGUUUUGAUCGUUAUCAAUGGCGGCGAUUGCUGCUAUAGUAUUUCCACUGAAAACUGGCCAAUGGGGUAGUGGUGGCUGCGGGGUUAGCCCAGCCCCGCACCCUACCACACACUCUCAACACCUCUCACUUCCUCUGCAGCCGCCACUACCCCAUCGGUCAGUUUCACAUGGAAAACUAUAGCGUCGAUCGGCACCAUUGGUAACGAUCAAAACAAACAAAACGACUGUGAAAGCGGCCCUAAAUUGGAUGAAAAAAAAUAAUGAUGAUCUCUUGGCUCCCUAAUUCAAUGGAAGCAUUGGGUAUUUGUUGUAAAAUUUUCGAUUUAGUAGCAUUUAAUAAAAACAUUAAGGUCUGAUUAUUUAUAUGAUCUGCAGCCAUAUGUAUUAAAUUUCAAUACUAC